UUUUCAUAGAAGCAGACAGCCGCCUCUCUCGAGGAGGGGAGAAGACGUCCGGGAGCUCUUAGGAAAGGGCGGUCCUGGGAGUCGACAUGCAGGAGAGCUACGAAACCGUGAUCUCGCUGGCAGAAGAAAUUGCCAUCAGUUGGCCCCGCAUUGCGGCCUUCACGGAGACCAGAGGGCGGCGAGGCCUGGCUCCUGGGCUAGAAAUGGAGCCAGAGCAAGGGCAGCUGGCACCCGUGCAGGGCCAAGCGACAGCCGCCGCCGCCACUCCGGCCGGCUCCAGCGAAGAAGGGAUCCUGCCGGACUUCCGGAGGCAGCUGGGGGUGAUCCUGCAGACCGUGGGCAAGGCUCAGGUGGAGAAGAUGCUGAGGGAGCUGGUGAAAGAACAGGAGCAGCAAGGCAAAGUCAGGCGGCGGAAGAGAGUGGCCAGGAGCCCCCGGCGUGGAGCAGGCGAUGGCAGGCAGAACACUUUGGAGGCCCCGCAGGAGAUUCGCACUGGACUGUUCGAAGGAUCCGCAGUCCUGGCCAGGAAGCCCCCGGAGAAUGAACUGCAAAUGCCCCUUUUGUAUCCAGGGCCAUUGGCAGGGCAAAAGCCAACCGUUUCAGGGAAGACGGGUCAAGGAGACGCCAAAGAGUACAAGAACAGCCUUUCCCAUCAGCAGAGCCCUUUGGGGGCAAGGUGGGGGGUAGGUUCCGAGCCACGGGACAGCAUCGGCUGCAGUCUUUUCGGCAGCAUCGACGGCGGGAGGGGCUGGCCACCGUUUGGUGAAAGAGCCCAGUUUUUGUCUGGGUGGCAGAAACCACGCUACGUCCAGAGACGCCGGCGCCCGCCUGCGGGAGAGAAACCCCACCGCUGCGGCCCAUGCAGAAGAUCCACUGUUGCUACGCCGGCAGGAUCUGAUUCACCGCUAAAGUCCGCCCUGAGCCUUCCGCCGGACCCUGCCUCAGCGUCUUCUGCAGUUCUGCUGCUAAACUCCACAGAGCCACCGACCUCUGCCCAGCCCUCACCUGUGAACUCUGCCAUGGCCCUGCCUCGAAAACCCCACGCCUGCGAGGAGUGCGGGAAGCGCUUCCGAAUCCUCGCCAACUUGGAAAGGCAUCAGCAGCGCCAUGCGGCGGAAAAGCCGCACCAGUGCCGGGACUGUGGGCGGCGCUUCCGCUGGGGCUGCCACCUAGAGCGCCACCGGCGCUCCCGGCGCUGUGUGGAGUGUGGCGGGGGCCUGGCAACGCCUCCUCCGCCUCCGUCCCCACCCCCAGAACCGGACCGGCCGUACUCCUGCGGAGAAUGCGGGAGGCGUUUCACACAGCGCUCGGCCCUCAGCAAGCACCGGCGGCUGCAUUCCGGGGAGCGCCCCUACGGCUGUGGGGAGUGCGGGAAGCGCUUCCUGCAGCGCUCUGACCUCACCAUCCACGUGCGCUCACAUUCCGGGGAGCAGCCCUACGUCUGCACAGAGUGCGGACGUCGCUUCAGCGUCAGCUCCAACCUCAGCAAGCAUCGGCGCAUGCACCGUGGCGAGCGCCCCCACGCCUGCACCGUGUGCGCCAAGCGCUUCCUGCAGCGCUCUGAGCUCCUCAUCCACCAGCGGGCUCACACCGGGGAAAGGCCCUAUCCCUGCACGGCCUGCGGGAAGCGGUUUGCUCGCCGGGCUCAUCUCAAACGCCACCAGCGCACCCACGGCGGGGUGCCCGCCGCCCCCGCCGCCUCUCGACACCAGAGUGCCCGACUGCUCACCACCUCUGCCACGGACACUGGGUCUCUUCUCGAACAUCAGCAGCAUGAACGCGGGGGUGUGUCCGAUGGCCUUGAAUCGCGGUCCCGUACCAACACGCCUCCUGUGGCGGGGCCCACAGUCUUUGCCCGAGGUGUUGCGGGCACUGCCUCGUUGGGCCUGCCCUGGGCUGUAUCCUCUUCUGCCCGCCUCUCUUUCUGCUCCAGCCCUCUCUGAUCACUCGAGUGCUUCCUCUGCUGCAACUGUGCCCUUCAUCAGUCUGCCACGGCCAGUGGGUACCCUUAGCUGAACCUCGGUUUCGCGGACAGGGGUCUAACCCUCGGUAGAUGGCGGGAAGGUUGAUAGGGCACGGGAGCAGUUUACAUUUUGGAGCCCGGCUGUUGUUUGCCGGGUAACCCGGCAGCUUUGUUUCUUCGCGUGGCCUCCUGCCAGCCUUGCUUCGAGCAUCUGGCGUACGGACGGAGCGGGUUGUAGACAGGCCACCACAGUCCCCAUGUGGGACAUUAAGCAAUAUUCCCUGGAGUCGCCAUUGCGCUCUUUGAACACCAAGUCAGCAGGAUUGUGCCGGACACAUUGUUAAGUGUAGGAGUGUGUGUGUGUGUGGGGGGGUGGGGUCAGUUAAUCUCCUUGUCUGCAGGAGAGGGGAGGGGGGAAGGAAGCACUCCCAAGUCGAUCGUAGCAAAGAGGUGUCCGCAAGCAGUUAGUGCACCACAGCGCGAUCGCAGGCACACGCUUCCUAGACACACGUAAAAAUCUCCACCCUCUUGCCACUGGCCACCACGCAGUCGCCCACCUUUGGCUCACUUCUUUUCCCUCCUCCAUCAGAAACAUUAGCGCUUCCCGCUGCCCCCCCCCCCUUGCAUUAUUCCUACAGAGAUUUCUUGGCUCCAGAUCUCCCUUUCUUUGGUCAGCCUACCCUUGCUUCCUUUUUGUGGAAGAGAAGUUUCACCGGGCUUCAUUGAGAUGCUGAGCGUCCCCCAUUUCGGGCAGCAAAAACAGCCCAUUGGCCCAGAGGCUCUCCCGCCACCUAGCGCAAACGUUGGGGCAGGUUUCAUGUGUGUUUGGAGUUGAUGCGUCUCGUCAGUAGACAACUCUGAGAUCCAGGCGCUGGCAGGGCACAGAACCGCAUGGAAGGAAGGAAAGGAGGCACGCUUGCUGAUCUUUUCCAAAAAGUUCAUCAGCGCAGCCGGGGGGCUGAGGUGGGAUCGAACCUCUGCCGCUGCUUGCCGAAUCCUGGGUGACGGCCGGUGCCUUCGAGAGGAAUCGCGGGGGUUUUUCUUCGUUGCCGGUCCUGAGAAAACAGAUUGACGGAGGAGGAAAAGCAAGAGGCACCUCCGACGGGAACCAUGGACGUGAACGACGUGGCUGAAAAGGGGACAGAGUCCAGUCUGGCCAACUGCAGAGGGUUUUAAGCGAGCGUCGAGAGAGCAGAAAUGCUGCCGUCGAGAGAACGUUCAAAAGCCCUUGGCUUGGCCGGCUACUUCUCUUCCGCAAAACCCACACACAGAGCCUGCGCCCAGUUGCGUUGCCGUUCACCAGAGCCGUGGUCUUUCUCCAGCUGUUUGUACAUUCCUGUGACCUUCAGGACUGGUGCUUCAUUGCGGGGGGCGGGGGGAUCAAGGGGGUGGGGCAGGCCACAAAGGUUUGUGGCUUAGCCUGGACUGGACUCUAGAGUAGGGAGGGGUUAAUAAUACCUGGUUUAGAACUAAAUAUAGUAGAACUUUUGUUUUACCAAAA